CACGUGGCUCGAGAGGGGAGCCGGCGCUGGAGCCACGGAGGCUGGGGCUCUCUUUGGGCUCGGUCGCUCGGCCGAGCAAGCUGCACUACAAGCCCCAGGGUGCCUUGCUGAGCGAUCGCUCGCCGGGGAGAGCAUGCAGAGCUCCGGCAGCCCCCAGCAGGGCCGCCCCCUGCCUCCCGAUCCCCGGGAGAGCGAAGAAGAAGAAGAGAGCGGCGGCGCGAGAAGCAUGUGGGUGUUUGGCUACGGCUCCCUCAUCUGGAAGGUGGAUUUCCCUUACGAGGAUAAGAUGGUCGGGUACAUCACGGGCUACAGCAGGAGGUUCUGGCAAGGCAGCACGGAUCACCGCGGAGUGCCGGGAAAGCCUGGAAGAGUUGUGACACUUAUUGAAGAUCCUGAGGGCUGUGUAUGGGGUGUUGCAUACAAACUGCCACCAGGACAAGAAGGCGAAGUAAAAGCAUAUCUUGAUUUCCGAGAGAAAGGUGGCUACAGGACUACAACUGUCAUUUUCUAUCCAAAAGAUCCCUCAGUGGAACCGUUUGAUGUGCUGUUAUAUAUCGGAACCUGCGAAAACCCUAACUACCUUGGACCAGCACCUCUAGAAGAAAUUGCCAAACAGAUUUUUAAUGCAGUUGGUCCCAGUGGAAGAAACACAGAAUACCUGUUUGAACUCUGCAACUCCCUUAGGGAUCUCGUGCCAGAAGAUGUAGAUGAACAUCUUUUUACUUUAGAGAAACUAGUAAAGAAACUCUUAGAACAGGAAGAAAGCAAAAAUGUCAAUUCCAUAUAAUAAUCACCUUGUUGUUUCAAACAGUCUCUUCAUCAUCAGGAGAACAGUUUCACUGAUGACAGUAGUAUGAUUUCAAGAUGCUCCAUGUGGACUUUGAAUAUAUUAAUUUUCAUGUUUCAUUCAGGGCGCUACUGUCAUUGAUCAGUAGAAAAUUAUGUUUAAAGCUAUGUCUUCAGGAGUUUAAGGGAGGAGGAGCUUUGAAUUUUGGUAAAAUUUUAAAGAAUGCAUUUCUCUCAGUUUCUCAGAUAAGAAAUAAUUUAUGCCCAAUUUAAGUUUGAGGGAAAUUUUUUUUGAUUUCAAGUUAUUUAUAUUUUUCUUCCUUUU